UUUAGGACAUGCCACUUGUAAGCCCCUUAUAAUUCACACGUACCUCCCUCGUGUUAUACACGUUUGUUGGUACCUCAAAUUAAUAAUUCAUUCAUUCAUCACUUUGUACCAAACCAUAAUAAUUCAUUUGAUCACUAUACAACGGUAACGAAGAAAACUUUUCCUUUAUAUCACACUCACUUCACACAACUCUCUUCUCAUUCCUCACUCUCAUUCAUUUUGUGAACAUAGCAAAUUAAGUCUAUAUGCACAAUAUUAUCAUCAUAUAAUACUAUGUCUAUAUAUUAUUGUUAAUUAAACAUGAAGCUUUAUAAACAUAUUUGCUUAUUCUUGUUUCUCUUUAGUUUAAUUUCAAGCUCACAAGCUUAUACAUUCUAUGUUGGUGGAAAAGAUGGAUGGGUUUUGAACCCCUAUCAAAGUUACAAUGAAUGGACAGGGAGAAAUAGGUUCCAAGUCAAUGAUAUUCUUGUUUUUAAGUACAAGAAGGACUCAAAUUCAGUGUUGGUGGUGAACAAAGAGGAUUAUGAUAAGUGCAACAAGAAGAAUCCAAUUAAGAAAUUUGAUGAUGGUGAUUUUGAGUUUCAAUUGGAUAGAUCUGGUCCAUUUUAUUUCAUUAGUGGAAAAGAUGAUAAUUGUGAAAAAGGUCAGAAACUAAUUGUUGUGGUUUUGGCUGUGAGAAAAAUAUCUCCUCCUUAUCUUCCGAUUACUCAACCAAAUGUUCCUUAUACACCUCCAAAAGGUACUCCAUCACCUGGCAAUCAACCUCCGUAUGUUCCAGUUACACCUUCUCCUGUUCACAAUCCUCCUAAUGUUCCUUAUACUCCUCCGAAAACACCUUCUCCUGGAAAUGAGCCACCGUAUGUACCAAUUGCACCACCAAAAACACCUUCUCCUAUUCACACCCCUCCUAUUGUUCCUUAUACUCCACCAAAAGCUCCUUCUCCUGGAAAUGAACCACCAUAUGUACCAAUUAUAACACCACCAGAAACACCUUCUCCUGUACACACCCCUCCUAGUGUUCCAUAUACUCCACCAAAAUCUCCUUCUCCUAGGAAUGAGCCACCGUAUGUACCAAUUACACCACCAAAAACACCUUCUCCUAUUCAUACCCCUCCUAGUGUUCCUUAUACUCCACCAAAAGCUCCUUCUCCUGGAAACGAGCCACCAUAUGUACCAAUAAUACCACCACCAAAAACCCCUUCUCCUAUUCGCACCCCUCCUAGUGUUCCAUACACUCCACCAAAAGCGCCUUCUCCCGGGAAUGAGCCGCCAUAUAUACCAAUUACACCACCAAAAACACCUUCUCCAAUUCACACUCCUCCAAAAACCCCUUCUCCGGGGAAUGAGCCGCCAUAUAUACCAAUUACACCACCUAAAACACCUCCAAUUCAAACUCCUCCUAUUCACACCCCUCCUAGUGUUCCAUACACUCCACCAAAAGCUCCUUCUCCUGGGAAUGAGCCGCCAUAUGUACCAAUUACUCCACCAAAAACACCUUCUCCAAUUUACACUCCACCAAAAACUCCUUCUCCUAUUCAUACCCCUCCUAGUGUUCCUUAUAGUCCCCCAAAAGCACCUUCUCCUGGGAACCAACCACCGUAUGUACCGAUUACACCACCAAAAACACCAUCUCCUAUUCACACUCCUCCUAGUGUUCCUUAUACUCCCCCAAAAGCACCUUCUCCUGGGAACCAACCACCGUAUGUACCAAUUACACCACCAAAAACACCAUCUCCUAUUCACACUCCUCCUAGUGUUCCUUAUUCUCCUCCAAAAACACCUUCUCCUGGUAAUCAACCACCAUAUGUACCAAUUACACCACCACAAAAUCCUUCUCCAAUUCACACCCCUCCUAAUGUUCCUUAUACUCCACCAAAAACACCUUCUCCAAUAAAUGAACCACCUUAUGUACCAAUUACACCUCCGAAAAACCCUUCUCCAAUUCCCACCCCUCCCAAUGUUCCUUAUACUCCCCCAAAAGCACCUUCUCCUGGGAACCAACCACCAUAUGUACCAAUUACACCACCAAAAACACCAUCUCCUAUUCACACCCCUCCUAGUGUUCCUUAUACUCCCCCAAAAACACCUUCUCCUGGUAAUCAACCACCAUAUGUACCAAUUACACCACCAAAAAGUCCUUCUCCUAUUCAUACCCCUCCUAAUGUUCCUUAUACUCCACCAAAAACUCCUUCUCCUAGCAAUCAACCACCAUAUGUACCAAUUACACCACCAAAAACCCCUUCUCCUAUACACGCCCCUCCGAAUGUUCCUUAUACUCCUCCAGAAGCUCCUUCCCCUAAAAAUCAACCACCUUAUGUUCCAAUUACACCUCCAAAAACUCAUCCCCCUACUUCCAAUCCCAUUCCUCCUAGUAUUGCUCCUUACACUCCCCCUGAAACUCCAUCCCCUAGAAAUCAACCACCAUAUACGCCAAAUCCUCCUAAAACCCCUUCUCCAAUCUCUCAACCACCCUAUGUACCAAUUACACCACCAAAAUCUCCUUCACCUAUUCACACCCCUCCUAAUGUUCCUUAUACACCUCCAACAACACCUUCCCCUAGCAACCACCCUCCAAAUGUUCCAACAACACCCUCUCCUAUUUCUCAACCUCCAUAUGUUCCAACACCUCCAAAAACACCUUCUCCGAGUUCUCAAGCACCUUACAUUGAAACACCUCCCAAUACUCCAAUAGCUCCUUCCCCAAGCAAUCACCCUCCAAAUGUACCAACACCUCCAAAAACUCCUUCUCCCAUUUCUCAAGCGCCUUACAUUCAAACACCACCAAACACACCUUCACCAACAUCACAACCACCAUACACUAAAACUCCUCGAAGCACUCCUUCUUCACCAACAUCGCAACCACCUUACAUUUCAACACCUCCAGAGAGUACUCCUUCUCCAUCUUCUCACACACCUCGAGGUGCUCUUUCUCCAAUUUCACAACCUCCAUAUAUUCAAACACCACCAAACUCACAUUCACCAACAUCUCAACCACCUUACAUUAAACCACCACCAAACACCUCUUCUCCAUCAUCUUCCCCGUCAUCAGCACAAACUCCUUCCGAAAGUGGAAUAACACCGUCUCCACUAUCUCCGUAUCCAUCCAACAACUUAACAUCACCUUCAAUUUCACCUUCGGCGAGUUCACCAUUAUCAACCACUACUUCACCUCCAGCUCCCACUCCCGCGAGUUCUCCAAUAUCAGCCACUACUCCAACAACGUCUCCUGCGGGGUCUCCUCUAAUAGCAUCAACUCCGUCACCAUCAUCCAAUGUCCCUGGAACACAGGGAAGUCUAUCACCGUCGUCCACCCCUAUAGGAACACCUUCUUCAUCGAAUGACACAUCAGCAGGGCGGACAACAAGCGGAGUAUCGUCUGCAAGUCCAUGGGGCAUAUGGACUUACUCCAUUACGAUUUUGGCCGGUGCUGCACUCACCAGUACUAUUCUUGGAUAGAAAAAUCAAACAUAUUAUGAUUAUAUAGUAUUAUUUAAAUUUUCCUUUUUCAUAUAUAUAAUUAGUGAACAUUUUUGUUUUGUAAGUGGUGUUGGACAUAAUUAAUCAUAUAAUAUAAUAAAUUUGGUUCCAAUGUACCUUGGAAUUCGAUUUUGGUCCA